UCUGUUCAGGGAACAGAAGAACGGCCUUUUCAACAAUGAUCCAGUUAACAUUUUUUCUUUACAGGUUUGUUACCUUUCAACAAGAGGGGAGAUAGGAAUCAAGAUUCUUAGAUUUACAGCUUUCUUUGCAGAGAAAUUCAAGUGAACCUACACCAUUAAGGCAUUGCUUAAGGACUUUCAUGUGGCAAACUGAAAUAUAAAUCUUUAUAUGCAUUUUUUUUGUUUAUUUGUAAUUGUUUCACUGAAUUGCUAAAUAUAAGAAGACGAUAAGCAACAUGUCAAAUCCUGCUGUGCAAAAUGUUUCAUUCACAACUUUCAAACUGAAUGGUUUCCAUGAUUUGAAAGAAUGGAGGCUUCUCCUUUCCAUUCCAUAUGUUCUUAUGUUUGUGUUGUCUACCAUCGCAAACUCAUUUCUGAUAUUUUUAAUUAUAUCCCAGAAAGCUCUGCACUCCCCAAUGUUUGUAUUAAUCAGCCUCAUGGCUGUUGUGGAUCUGUUUAUGCCAAUAUUUUUUGUCCCGAACAUGAUACUUAGCUUUUUAUUUGAUUGGAAUUUGAUUUCACUUGUAGGAUGUUUAAUACAGAUGUUUUGUGUUCAUUAUGUUGGUGCUUUUCAAUCUACUUUAUUGCUGUGGAUGGCUCUGGAUCGGCUCUUUGCUAUCUGUAAGCCUCUGUCUUAUCACAAAUAUAUGCAAAUCCCUAACUUUAUGAAGUUCAUUAUUGUGCCAGUAAUCAGAAACAUUAUGUUAGUUACUGUAAUGGUUAGUUUGGCGGGAAAAUUGAAGUUUUGUAUGACCAAUGAGAUUGAUCACUGUUUUUGUGAACAUAUGGCAGUUGUUCAGCUGGCAUGUGGAGAUAUUUCUAUUAAUAACUUAGUAGGUCUCUUAGCUGCUUUUCUAAUUCCAACUGUGGAUGUUGUAUUUAUUACUAUUUCUUAUGUUAUAAUAUUUGCUUCUGUCAUAAAAUCAGGGAAGUCCCAUGCGAAGGCUAUGAACACCUGUGUGACACACAUAAUCGUUAUUACUGGAACUUUAACAUUUGCUUUGAUGGCUUUUUUGGCAUAUAGGACUAAAAAUUAUUUUUCUCCCAAUAGCCGUAUUUUUAUUAGUACAAUGUACGCACUUUUCCCAAGCUGUUUUAACCCAAUUAUUUAUGGAUUAAGAACAAAAGAAAUAAGAGAGCAAUUUCUGAAUUUUUUUAACCAUGCAAAAGUGUCAUUACAGUGAUUUAUUGAUGGGUGCUCUGGUGUUCUUUAUUAAACUAAUUGUUAUUUAGUGGCUGUAUGUCAAAAUCAUAAAUAAAAAAAUGUGUU